AUGUCCUCCUCGCCCCUUUUCCGGUUGGGACGCCUGGUGCUGCUGUUCACGAUGCUGAUCGCGUCGCUAGUCAGCUUCACCUCGGCCUUCACCCUGAUCCUCGGCCCCAACGAGGAGCGCUGCUUCUUUGAGGAGCUGUCCCCCGGCGAUCGCAUGAGUGUCACCUUCGAGGUGACCCAGGGCGGCAAGCUGGAUGUGGAUUUCUAUCUCUACUCCCCCUCCAGCAACAUCCUCCACCAAACGGAGAAGGCCACCUCCGAGACCUUCGCCUUUACCUCCUCCGAGAAUGACUCCGAUACUCCGGGCAAGAACCGCUACCGCUACUGCUUCAGCAACCGCCUGUCUUCGCGCACGCGCAAGAUCCUCUCCUUCACGGUCCGCACGGAUCCCCUUUCGCGCCGCAACAACCAGAAUGUCUCUCGUGAUCCCCAGCUCGAGGCCGAGCUGAAUGAGCUUCUCCACGGCUCGAAGGCCAUUCGCGAGUCGGUGCGGUACCUGCGCGUUCGUGAGGCCACCCAUCGGAGCACGGCCGAGUCCUCCAACUCUCGCAUCAAGUACUGGUCCAUCGCUCAGCUGGUCAUCCUGCUGCUGGUGGUCGUUGUUCAGUUUGUCUUCCUCAAGCGCUUCUUCGAAGUCCGCCGCACCGUGUAG